AUGACGACAUUUGUUUUGGCUAACAAAUUGAUGUCUAUCAAAAUAAAUAAAUCAGAAUUUGAAAAGAUCAAACACGAAAAAGUUAUAAACAUACGGGAACAACAUAAAUACUUAAGCACUUUGAGAAAAGUUCUUCAACAUCAAACAAUUGAAAAGAGUUGUCGAUUGUGUUUAAAACAAGGAGUUAUAAAAGUAUUUGAUAACACUAACGAAAUAAAUCAUGCAGAGGCUAUUAAAACCAUUUUUGGAGUAGAGAUAUCACAAAAUGAUGGCAAACCACAAUACAUAUGCAUGUCUUGUGGAACCACUAUUAAAAUGGCUGUUAGACUAAAACAAACUGCAGAAAUAACACAGUGGAGAUUACAGCAAGAAUUGGAAAUUGUGGCAGAUUCAACUAGUGAAUGCAACCUAGAUGAAUAUAGUAAAAUACAUGGUGGCUAUUUUCAUCUACAAGGUGCAAUUGUAACUCGUGAUUGGACUUGCAGCAAAUGCCGUAAGGUUUUUUCCAAUAAGGAUGAAUUCAAAGAGCAUGAGUUAUUGCCUAGCUGUCGAACAAGGUUUAGAAGUUAUAUCUGUGAGACAUGUGGAUCCAAAUUUAAAUCAAUGUCCCUACUUAAGAGGCAUAGGCUUAUUCACACUGGGGAGUUGCAGCAUCAGUGCCCUCAAUGUCCUUAUCGUGCCCGCACGAAGUACGCGCUGGCCGUCCACUCCCGCCUGCACAGUGGCGAGCGCCCAUUACGCUGUCCCGAAUGCCCGGCUACGUUCCCCAACGCCUCAAAUUUAGCCUCGCACCGCCGGAGACAUUUACCGCCCGCGUACCAUUGCGACGUGUGCCAACGUGGAUUCAAAUUCAAAGAGGCUUAUUCACACUGGGGAGUUGCAGCAUCAGUGCCCUCAAUGUCCUUAUCGUGCCCGCACGAAGUACGCGCUGGCCGUCCACUCCCGCCUGCACAGUGGCGAGCGCCCAUUACGCUGUCCCGAAUGCCCGGCUACGUUCCCCAACGCCUCAAAUUUAGCCUCGCACCGCCGGAGACAUUUACCGCCCGCGUACCAUUGCGACGUGUGCCAACGUGGAUUCAAAUUCAAAGAGGCUUUACU